AUGGCGGCAGCUGAUGUGAACCCGGGGGGAGCUGUGCCAGAAGAACACUUCGACGUCCUCACGAAGACCGGAGAGAAAACGGGUACAUCGAAACCCCGGUAAACCUCUAAUGGGGACUCUCGGCGGAUGAUCAUCCAAGAACAACGGGGAAGGAAGACGUGUGAAUUAAGAUCCUCGUCCCCGAUUGUGCAGGAGCCAGGUUCACCGGGAUGGGGACUACCACCGGGCGGUGCAUGUGUGGAUCUACGCGGAGAACACCCGGGAGCUCCUCCUACAGCGCCGUGCUGACUGCAAGGAUUCCUGGCCGGGUCUGUGGGAUAUUUCCAGCGCUGGUCACAUCUCGGCUGGGAGCUCAUCCCUCCUUACGGCCAGGUACGCAGUGGCAAGAUAUUCUCUGCAGGUUGUAUGGGUUUCGUUCUGUUGUUUCGACCAGAAAAGCUGCGCGCUUUCAGGAGGGAACUCGAAGAGGAGCUUGGCGUUAGGCUCCCAGAGGACGCAUUUGAGUUUCUUUUUGUCUUCCUUCAAGAAAGGUUGUAAACUGCUGUUGCGUAUAAGAAUGGCGUUCUUAUCUGCCCUGUCUUUACAGAGAUGGUAGACCAUUAAUCUUUGUCCCGCUUUUGUCUGGAGUGGUUAAUGCAGUGUUAUUAACGGGGGCACAUUCAUUAAUAACGAAUUCAAUGAUGUAUAUCUCGUAACAACACUGGACCCAAUUCCUUUGGAGGCAUUCACUUUUCAGGUAAACAGAAAGCCAGAUUUUUUACUUCCUAUGUAAUAUGAACGGUGGUUGUAUCUGUGCUUCUAGGUUCCGAAAAUCGUAAUUCAAGGUGUGUGCAUUUAUGGGGGACGAAGACUGUUCGGCUGAUCUGUUAUCUAUUGAUCCCCAAGCUACUUUGUUCCCUUAAUUUUAUAAAAACAUUGAAAUCAUUUGGAAACGCGGCAGUACAUGGUUUUGGACGUCAUUAGGCUCUGGCUUCAGAAAGCUGACAUCUUGACUAUCUCAGUGUCAUUGGACCUAUCACUAUAGACUCAACAUUCUUGCUGUCAACUCCUUUAUCCAUUUAAGCUUCUUUUGUUCCACCCUUUCCAGUGCAUCUGUCAUUGUCCGGUUAGUUUUUAUCUUUUUUUGUAGGAGACAGAAGUGUCUACUGUUCGGUACAUUUCGUUGGAUGAAUAUAAAAAGUGUCUUGCAAAAGAAGAUGAAGACUACGUUCCCUAUGACAUAAAUGGGCAGUACGGACAACUCUUUGAGAUAAUUGAACGACGGUAUGCUGAUGGAAAUCAUUAUUGACUGAUUAAUGGCAUUGUAUUCUGGUUUACUUUGAUCCCAUAUAUUAAGAGGUAUAGCUAGAAGUCAAUAUCUUUGCAGUCUCAGGUUAAAUGCUUUUUAAGGGAUUGAGUUUUGUAAGUCCUUGUUACUAUUGAAAGAUAUUGAAUGUUAGUAUGAGAAGAUGAAAAAGCAUGCGAUGAUUGCUUAUGCAGCCCUUUGAUGUUGUCGAUUAUGAUUUCAUCUGCUUUAAAUUCCGGUAAAUGUCCAGAAAGCUUUUUUGUUUCCAAGCACGAAUAAAUAAAUUCUAAAGUGGGAUGAAUUCUUUCUCUGAUGCAGGCUUCCACAAUGGUCAAUAAAUAUAAAUUUUAAUUAUCACCAAUAAUCUAGAUAUCAAGGAAAUUUUUGCUUUAUAUGAUCUACUUAUUCAUGUACUGGCGCAAAUAGUAAUUUACUGUAAAAAAACAUAUUAGGCUUGUUACUUAAUAAGUUCUCAUUUUUGCACUCGUCUUAUUCAUAAUCGUAUAAUAAUUGAAGGUAUUUGGAUGAGGAACAACAACGUAGACUCGCGCUUCAAAAGCAACUUGAUCGUUAUGCUCCUAUCCAUUUACAUGCAGAGGUAAAUAAUCUGUUUUGAUCUUCUGACCCACUUUUGAUUUUAAAUGUUGUCAGUUACUGUAACUGUUUUCCUUUUAUUACUGUCGCACCCCACUAGAUGUGAUCUGCUUGCACAACAUCAUUUGUAGAGAUUUUUUUAGUCUUAAUUUCCCAAUCUAUGCACUCAGCCUCCUGUUAUUUUCUGAUGUUGGUAAACUGAAAAUUUCCUUGAUAAUUGAAUAAGAAAAUCGACUUAACUCCCGUGACUUUACUAAAAUUGUACUCCAGAUGACCCGUCUGAGUUUCUUAUGCAUGAUUUUCUCUUCGUUUUCUCACUUUAUGCUUGUAGACUGCUGUGGAAUUCUUUUCUUUGAGUAAGCGGUCAAUCUGAGUGUGCAGGUAGGGUAUCCUAUGCUUGAGGACUUUGUGGCAUUCAAUUCGGAAUCAGAUAGUAAAAUGAAGUAACAAAGACUACACUGAUGUUUUGCAAUUUAGCUGCUGACAUGAGUUCCAUUCCCAAAACCCUGUUAGAAUAAUGAACUCCUUGUAGCAAAUUGAAGAAACCAUGGAGAAAUCGCAAUAAAUUUCAAUUACGUGGCUUGGUUGAUUCUGGGGCUGGAAGUUUGGAGAAGAGAUCUAUAUUGCAUGAGUUGGACUUCGUCACACCAAGUCAGCAAAUUACGAUUUCUUUCUUUUCCAAAAAUAGAAAAUUGAAUACCAAAACUCUUAGUUCUUGGCCAUUGCAAGUCACCAAACUUUUAGUUCUACCUUUUUUUUUUAUGUAAACGCAUUGUAGUUAUAACUGUAAAUUACUCUCUUUUUUCAGUUGACUGCUGAUAUUUAUAAGCCUAUUUUUCUUCGUAUUUGCAGUUAUCAGAGCUAUCUGAAGCUAAUCAGGAAGCUUUAGUCUUCAUAAUCAAAGCGGCAAUGGUUAUCGAUGAUAUAUUCUAUACUCAGGUGGUUUUCAUUUAAAAUGAACUCCAAGUUGAUAAUUGGCCUCUUCUUUUCAACAUAGAACCUGACUGGAUAUCCAAAGAAAAAUUAGUUAUUAUGUCGUUGGAUUAAUCUCCAUGCAGUACAUUAAUAUCUAUCCUUACGUCUGAAAGUAAUUCGUACUCUGUUUUCAUGUUUUGUAAAUUCUAUAUUACAGCGUAUUGAAUGGGAAAAAAAAUGAUUUAAUAAAUGCUAUAGUUUCUUGCACUAACAAGCCCCAAAUGACAGAUUUUUCGGAACUGAUGUUCUUUUUGCCAUGUCUUGUAAAUUCUAUAUAACUGUGCAUCUGAGAAUAGAAAGAAAUGAUCUGAAAAAUGCUCUAGUGUCUUCUACUAAACUUCUCCCCUACAAAAUUUUUUUUGAUGCUGAGACUCUUUUUCAUUUCUUUCAGGCUUGGAAUACUAAUCAAGAGCUACGAGAUUGGUUGAAGAAGUAUUCUGAUGAUUCUAGCUUGAAUAAAUUAAAGUGGAUGUAUUACUCUAUCAACAAGGGCCCAUGGUAAUUGUCUGUGUUAAAGGCUCACCAUGUUUUUUUUACAUUUAGUAAAAUCUGUCGUAAUGGUAUUUCACGGACAUCAUUAAACUUAUUUCAAGUUCAAUUUAAUCGACUGGUAAAAAUUCUUGAUUGCUUUGUAUUAUCCUACAAUGCUUGCAACAUACAGUGAGAAUGUCCUUCUACUGCUUGCCAUAAACAACGAAAGUUUCUUUCCACGGUACUUUUAGCUCUUUAUUAUGGCGAACUUUCAAUCCUCCGACCGUAAAUAUUACUUGAUCAAUUCUAUUUUCAAUUUUCAAACAUUGUACUUCCUAUUGUUUACCUGACAUUCUAGGUAGAUGUUGACACAGGGAUUAGAUGGAUCAAACUGGCGUCAACCACAAGCUAUUAUAACCUUCCUGUCCUACCUAUCCAACAUGCGUUAGGUCUUGUUCCUAUCCAAUACACCACAAGAGAUUCUGGUUAACUGAAAUGCAUCUUUUUACAUAAAUGUAAUUCAUGUGGAAAACUCACUAUCCUUUCAUAUUCAUGUAUACUAGUGGUUAGUGGUGCAAAAGUGUGACUCGAGUUGUCAUGGCAGGUCGGUUCUUGAUGAGAAAAAAGCGUUUCUGACCACUGCUGAUUCUGCGAUCAAGUUGUGUGCAGAAUCAACUAGACCUGUCUCUGGCUGGAAGGGUCUUCAAUAUAGAGCUGCAUUUCCUGCGAAGAAACCCCUGGGUGCAACUUUCUACCCUUCUGAUAUGGAGAAAACGGUAAAGUUAUAAUCUGGUACAUUUGUUUUUUAUUAGAACCCUAGUUCUCUCAACACAACAUCAUGUUCGAUAAACUCCUGGGCAUCAUCAUUGUCAUCGUUAUCCCCAUUUAUCCGCAUUCAGUAUGGUACAGUGAGUGACCUUAGGGUGUAAGAGAUUGAAGGCGCUAUCUGAAGCCCAAAGAAACCCAUCAGUCUGUUGACAAGUCCCCUAUAGAAUUGUCAGUUAGUGGCUCCCCAUCGCAAUACCGAUCUUCUUGCAGGGAGGAUCUAAACUGUCCGGGAAAGGUGGAUCAUUUGAUGUGUAUAUGUGUGGAUUGUUGGGAGAGCGGAGUGACCCUGAAGGCUUGGGCAAGACGGUUGCCAAUGUUAAGGAUGAGAUGAUGCAGUGGCUGUGCGAUACAGCACCAGAAAGGGUUCCUCCGGGACCCAAUCUAUCUUCUUCUGGCGUUCUCUUUCCUUUAUUCCAUUAUUUCCCUAUUUCUUUCCUUGCAUUGUCGGUGAUGUCAUAUCACUACGACUGCCAGAGAGGAGUAGAGGUGGAGACUAGUUAACUAGGGAUAUAAUGCCAUAUUAUUUUCCAGCUGUAGUUAAAUGAAGAUCAACUGAUGGAUGUUAAUGGGUUACCAAAUGCAAGUUAGGUAGUCUUGAGGGAACUGCUAGGCAGGUUGAAAAUGAGAGGGCUUUGUCAUUGAUUCAACUAAUCUUUGCGGAGCUAACACUAAAAGAAACCCUUAACAAGAAAUGUUCUUCUCCUCUUCCCUUUAAAAAUGGUAGGUUAACAUUUUUAAGAUUGCUUCCUAGUUGCAUGACUUGAACAUCCACGCUCACGAAUGUAGAUAUCCUACCUGCGAACAGUUUUGAGGUAUUUUGGGCAUCUCGUCUGUCUGAAGUUGCCUUUGGGGGUGAUACUGAAUUGAUGCCAAGUUUAGCAAGAAUCAGAAGCGCUUUGACAGGUCUUUGGGUCACACUGAUUUUAUAUGAUGAGUUGAUUCAAACAUAAACUUCGUGCUGAAACGUAACAGUGUGAUAUUAGAUUGACGUAACCGAUGCGCUUUUGCCAACAAUUUUCCAGCUUGUCUUGUCUUUAAUUCUUCAUCAUAUUUUCUGAACCUAUUUCAGGAAUUUGAGUUGUGGAAGGAAACUUUGAGUGACGAGGAACAAAAAGAUGCUACAGGAUUUUUUAAUGUGAUUAGAAGAUGUGAUGACCUGAGUCUGGAGAACAGUUCUGCAUGUGGUAAUGCCGAUUUUCACGAUCUUAUGAUGGUCCCCUUUUCUCAACAAUAUAGGCCUUUUCUAGAGAAGGCGUCAGCUCUUCUGUACAAAGCUGCAGAGGUGACUGACUGUUCUAGGUAAUCAAUUUGUUUGGGUAAAGUUUGAGUUUCUGCUUUUCGAAUGUUGUACGAUGGAAACACCUUUGCUGUCUUGCUUUAGCUUGAGUAAGUUGCUAAAAGGCAAAGCGGAGGCGUUCCUUUCAAAUGACUAUUAUGAGUCAGAUAUAUCCUGGAUGGAAUUGGUCAGUAUGCUUCUUCUCAUUGCAUCUGUCAUUUAUUUUUCGUUACUCCCCAUUCUUUCACCAUAUCUUAGUUACAAAAUAUUAACUGCUGGACAAAAUCUGACCCUAAGUACCAGUGAUGCUAGACAUCUUGUAAUCAUAACUGCACUAUCUUUAUCAUUGUCAUUGUGUAUAAACCAUGAGUUCUCCAUCCACAAGUCAUGACUCAUCCAUCUGACAAUUAUUCGAGAAUCAUCCAUCUAUUUUAUUCUCUCAUCUUCUGGAGAUUAUAAGCCUACUAAUAUGGAAGCUUUUCUCGUUGGUUAGUUGUAAUUCUCUUCAGAUUUAGUUACUUGCCUUUCUUCUUUGUAGGAUUCAAAGCUAGAUGUCACAAUUGGCCCUUAUGAGACAUAUGAAGAUGAACUUUAUGGAUACAAGGUAUUCUUUUUUUAGUAUAUUCUGAAUGAUAUUUUUCUGCGACCUUGGAUCCUCGAAAUCAAUGGUAGUGCAUAGCUCUUAUCAUUGAUUUUGACAUGGUUUUAUGUUGUAAUCAACUUUUCUUGCAUUUUCACUGUACAUAAGACUGGUAAAUUCUUUGAUGUACAAGGCUUUUCCUCAAAUGCGUAUUAUCUGGUAUGUAUCACUUUAUCAAAAAAAAAAAUAUUCUAUGAUUCCUAAAAAUAUGGCAAAGUUGAUGUUGGUAUUGCCACAAUUGGCAUAGAUCAUGACCUGGUGUGUUGGGAUAUCAAUGUUUUGUCUGUGAACAAUGAGAUGAGUUUUUUGAACCUUCAUUGAUCACAUUUUAGAACUUCACUCGUGCCCAUUCGGGUAGACAUAGCUGGAAACUAAAUUAUAUCCUGAGAAACACGGUGGGUGGUUGAGAGGAUUUCACAUGGGUCAUACAGUCUAUUUGUGCAGGAUCCACGUCCUGAAAGGUCUGGAUAAAUAGCCAUCGAUGUGCUGAUGAUAGAAAGUCUCGGCGUUAAUGAAUUGAUUUGAGUACUGCUUAGGUGACAAAUUUUCCCUUUCAUUAGUUCUCUGUCAAGGAAUAACUCUUUGAGUAAUAUAUGUGACCGAAGAUCAAUAAACUUAAUGUGGAAACGAACUCACUGGCUCUGACAAACUUUACUAGAUGAAUGGAGAAAGAUAAAUCCAAUGGCUUGGAAGGAUCCUUGACCUUCACUUUCUAGGUGGAUAUGAAAUAGUGAUGAAAGAAGUUUGAUGGAUGGUUUGAUAGAUUAGCUUCGUUUCAUGUGUCGGGUUUACUUACAUAUGCACGUGACAAGUUGAUGAACUGACGAAGGGUCCUUUAACCGGUUUAAGGACAGCAUUGCAUAGGCUUUGCACUAAUUUAAGCUGCUAGGUCUAGUGAAAGAUGAUACUCAGAUUCUAUGGAGCCAAGUACUUUUGAUCUGGUAUGCAGCCAAGUGCUUUUGAUGUUUAUUUAGGUUGGUCAAAUAUGCUAUUCGAGGGUUUUCAAUUUGUAAUGCUUAGACAGUUUUUUCAGUGAACUUUGUGAUGGACCAGUUUACAUGACCAUGCUUCUAGAGUACACGUGUGAAGGGUUAGUUAUGGUUUUAGUUAUCUUUUACAAUAAAAGGAGUUACAUCCCGUGGAAAACUUGCUGUAAUGUCCUCAUCAUUCAACGAUUUCUCUUGGCUCUUAUUUUAUUUUCAUAGUAAAAUAUUUUCGAACUAACUUCUCACACUUACCCUGGAUUUGAAUUCAUUUUUCAUGUGUGGAGAAUAAGGGAUGUUUUGAAUAUACCUUAUAAGAAGAAAAAAUGUUACUUUCUUGUCUGGAAAAAACUUUGUUAACGAGGGGCUAAUAAUUCAUUUUCUCCCCACGUAUUAAUUUUAUUGCAGACACCAAUUAUUUGAAUAAACCUCUCUCAUCAUCCUAGGUACUUAGCUAGAAGAUAAAACAUUCAAGUGUCUAUGAUAUUUUGUUUAUCAGGUUUAGAUAUACUUAUCUCAUGUCCUGUUUCUGAAGGCUACAUUUGAAGCCUUCAUUGGAGUAAGAGACGAUCUAGCUACCUCUCAAGUCAAACUCUUUGGUGAUAAUUUGCAGGUAGAGAUCGUUUAUGGUAUCUUCUGAUGUAUCCAUUUCUUUUUUCUUUACUGAGGUCUAUGUUGUUCUGUCAGAUUUUGGAGCGCAAUCUUCCCUUAGAUAACAAGUACAAGUCUGAAAAUGUUGUUGCCGCACCAAUUCGUGUAAUUCGUCUUGUUUAUAAUUCAGGGGUAAGAUCUUAUCUUUUACAUGCGAGCUAACUGUAUUUCUUUCUUGAUACCACUGCAAAAUUAUGUUUUUAGUGAUUGCUGAUGUUCUUUAUGGUUUACCACACUGAGGCUAUCACUUUCAUCAGAAGAAAAGGCUGGCUGUUAAAAGCAGUAUUCUUCACCUGUUUAGUUUCACAUUUAAUGCAAAAUGUUAAACUCAGAAAUUAGCUUUUUUGUGAACCCAUGUUGUCUUGAAGGUCUUUUGUAGAGAAAAAGUCAUUUUUAAAAUGUAGUGUAGGAUAAAGUCUCACGCAAACGCUGUGUCAAUAUUCUCCUUCAUCGGAUUAGGUACUGAUCGCAAACAGUCAUUGAUAUGCCAUAGCCGACGUAUGCUAUUCCAAGUCCUGCUAACGACAACUACUUCCUCUGGGCUAAAAUUGGGUUUUCCCAUCUUCAGAUGGCUAAGACUAAGUUUGCUGGGAGAGACUGAUAUCAGCAUGAUUCAUUCUCGAGUAACACGAUUCUGUGAAUGAUUGCUAUGUUAGACCUGUUUUCUGAUCUUUUGUCUGAAAUCACUUCUUAUGCCGUCUGAGUUAUCGUUCAUUUCAGCAAUGGUAACAUUCUGUAAUUUCUUGGAUUCUGGUAGUUCCACAGCUGUAAUCAAGAACGAUCCAAGUUAUAAAUCUAAUUGUUUUCUGCCGAAGAGACGAGAUAAUUUAUUUUUUCUUUGGUCAUUGGAAAGCCGACUGACACGUGAUAUGUUGUUCAGGAUGUGAAAGGCCCCCAAACUGUCGCUUUCAAUUUGCCAAAUGAUGAGCGUAUUGUAAAUGAACGAGGAACAUCAAUGGUUAUGCUGAAAAACAUAUCAGAGGCCAAGUAUUUAUAAAUUUCUUCAAUGAACUAAUGAUCUUUAUUUGGCUUUAUACCUCUAUAAUAUUUUGAAUUGUGUUUUAUAUUAAUUCUAGUGCAAAUUUGUUGUUGUUAUUGUUAUUAUUUGAUGUGUAACAGAGAAAUUGUUUUGCCAAUAUUUGUGAUUGUGAAUAAAUUUGUGACCAGGUUCGAGCAUAUUCUUCAGCCUAUAGCUGAUGUCUGCAUUAACGUAGAUCAGAGGGAGAAUCUUGAUUUUGACUCCUUCUACAUUCACACACUCUGCCAUGAGUGUUGCCACGGGAUUGGACCUCACACCAUAACUCUUCCAAGUGGUCAGAAGUCAACAGUGAGAUUGGUAAGAAAUACUAUUUUAAACAUUAAUUGUUGGGAUUGUGGAACACAUCUUGACACCUGCGACGCACAUAUCUUCAAAUUUUUGACAUUAUAUUUUAAAAACUGCUUACUAGUGCGCCUCCUGUUGAUUAUUUUGGAGCAACGUUUAAACCAUCCCCGGGCUCGCAUUUUAACCGGAAAAAAGAUGCAUCCUGCUCUCCCUGAACUCAUUCAGUGUAAUAUGAGUUUAUCCUCAACAUCGGAAAAAAAUGAAUUGGUUCUUUGGAUAACUACUAAAAUGAACCUUCAGACUCAUAAAAAAAAUUCAUAUCGUGUAAUAAAUGUAACUAAUAGUAGUUAAGCCAUAAGGUAACUCUGUAACGUUGUUGGUAUGUAUGAGAGGAUCUGGAUAGGUAGAACCUUCAGGAAAGGCGGUUAAAACAGUGUUUUAGUCGGAUAAGGGCUGAAAUGGUUCCUUAUCCUUUCUCGGUUUUGCUCUGCCAUAGAAGGUGAUCCUCUACAUCACAGACAAGUCACCGCUCUUUAUGGAAACAACAUCAAUUCAUACAUAUGUUCACCCAUAAGACCAUUUGCCAAAUCUUUUUCUCUUCAAGGACAUGUCAUCUUCGUUCAAAGAUGUUUUUGAUAAUUUCCAGAUGACAACUAAUCUGACUCAUCUUUCCUUAGGCGCCACAUGGCCAUUAGCUUCACUAGUGAGCAUGAGGAUUGUGAUAACUUGAACCAUGGCAACCUCCUCUCGUGAAAAUACCUAUAUUUUAAAUCUUGACCCGACAUUGUCAGUUGACAGAGAGGUGACAUCCUGAAGAAAUUUUGGAGAGAUCCUGAACCUAUUGAGUCCUGCCCACGCCUGCUGAUUUGGGUUGGGUAUUGAGGGACAAGGUGACAUCUUUGCCUGUGUCUAUUGUUUUCUGGCAUUGCCAUCCCCCCCCCCCCCCUUGUUUCAGCCUUCUCAAUGACCCAUAAACUGCUGCCAGAACUAUGUGGGAAUGUCACUGUCCGCUACUAUUAUGACCUAGAACCGUCACUUGCCAUUCUCCUCUCUCUGCAUGUCACUAUUCUGGCAGGAUCUCGUUCCUCCUUGUUCUUGCUCCCCUAUUUCUACCCUUGUUUUCUGAACCAGGUGAGGGUGUUACUCCCAGACACUUUCACUUGGCACGUUCUGCCGCCAUUACACCUUUGAGCCGUGAACCCUAUUAAGUCUUAUUGUAUCUUUGAUCAUUGGUCAUAAGGUCCACCUUAGGUCACUUUCGGCCUAGCUCUAUUGGGCUUCACCACCAAACACGAGACCCCUGUAAACGUCAUACUAGAGCAGUGGGGCCUUCGUAGAUGACUAUUUUCUCUCUCCUCUACUUCAGGUUCAUCAAUGCUCGCGAGAAUGCGGAUAGCUCAUUAUGUAGUGCCCUUGCCAAAUAGAUAGUUGUAUCAUCAUUUCCUCUUCUCAGCAACGGAUGAGACUGUGGUGUUGCUGUUAGGGCUGCUAUUGUUGGUGAAUCUCUUUGCUAGUAGAUGGCAUCUGUAAGGCAUUUGCAUAAGUUAAGUGGAUGUGUUGUUGCUGGUGAAGACACUGAUCAUCGGGUGUGCUGUUGGACUCCUCUUCCCCACGUUGUUCUUCUAUAUCAUUUCUCUCAGAGUUCUUGAAGGUUCGUAAUGUUCUUAUGCCCAUAUCAUCUGUCAUACAACCAAUUGGGUAUGAGUGGAAUAGGCACGCAUUUGAAUCAUAGGAACAAUAGAUUUUGUUCUCUAUUCUGGAGUAGUGUUGUUUGAAUAAUCAAGAUUUAAGGUUCACUGUGUUCAAGGAAUUGUUGACAUUUAUGUCUGACUGCUAAAUUUUUCUUUUUGUGUCAUCAAGGAACUUCAAGAACUUCACUCUGCCCUGGAAGAAGCAAAAGCGGACAUUGUUGGGUUAUGGGCAGUCAAAUUCCUCAUCGAUCAGGUUUUUGCCAUGCCGCUUUUGUUUCAUUCAAAAAUCACGAUCUAUUGACUACUGCAUUGAUUGCAGAGGUCUUUUUUAUACUCAUCUCGUUCUAACUAUCAUGGUAACUAAAUAAAGUCAUUCACUUUAUGAAGGGAAUAUUCAUAAAUCAUAAACAGUGUUUGAUCAAGCUUCCUGGUUUAAUCAUUGAAAAGGGUCUUGCCGAUUUAUAUUAUGCAAAUCUUGCAUCUCUUGACCUAGUUAUAUGUAUUAUUUCCGUAGUUGUUAUUGCUGCUAAUGAAUAAAAAUAUCACAAAACAUCUAACCCCAUUAUAUUCUAAAGGUGGAUACUAAGCUUGCAUGAGCUGACUACUAUGAUAUCUGGAUACUAAAGCUUGAACAUGGGUUGUUAUCCUCUUCUGGGGCUCUUUCACUCGUUCAUGUGGGUUGUGUGUAUAUACAUGAGAGGCGUGCUGUAUAUUUUCAGGGACUACUUCCCAGGAGCUUCGAGAAGUCUAUGUAUGUGUCCUUUCUGGCAGGAUGCUUUCGAUCGGUGCGGUUUGGAUUAGAAGAAGCCCACGGGUAUCUUUAAUCGUCAUCACUUCCCAUUGGGCAGCUGUUCUAGUCAAACAGAUCACUCACAGUUAUUUGACGUUGUCUGGGCAGAAAGGGACAAGCUCUUCAGUUUAACUGGUUGUCUGAGAAGGGUGCCUUCAUUUCCCUGCCAGAUGGGAAGUUCUGCGUUGACUUUGACAAGGUAUCUCCGUGGUGAAUGCUUACGACCUGGAGAAUUGUGUAGCAGGGUGCUCGCCAUCUGUUGACUUGGCGUUUUCUUUUGAAAGGUUGAAGCUGCCGUUGAAGGUCUGAGCAGGGAGAUCCUGAUGAUUCAGGCAAGAGGCGACAAAGCUGCCGCUGAGGUGCUUCUCAAACAGUAUGGGAUCAUGUCCCAGCCCUUGGAUACUGCCUUGAAAAAGUUAGAACAGAUUCAGGUUCUCUCUCUCUCUCUCUCUCUCUCUCUCUCUCUCUCUCUCUCUCAUUGAGAUACUGGUUCAACCUGAGUUCAUGUGAAAUGGGUCUCGUUUCUUCUCCUCAAGCUGCUGCGUUUCUUACUCCAGGUGCCCGUUGACAUAGCGCCAUUAUUUUCCUUCCCGGAGAAAAUAACAGACGCACUGAGCUAG